UUGAUGAGGGACGACCAGCAAAACGACAAAGUUAUUGACGUUUUAAUUGGCGCGUGGAAGCCCACUCCCUUCGUAAAAGUUGAGCUUGUACACCAGUCCCUCCUUCCUCGGCCAGUCCUCUCUCGUCUUCUGGUUCAGUUUGCUUCCAACCUACGAAAAGAAGGAAAAAAGGAAAAAAGGAAAAAGAAAAGCUGCUUUCUCCCUAUUCUCAGUGCUGGAUCCUUUCACUACAUCCAUGGAGGAGUCUCACAGCAACCUCCCUACUAGCCAUUUACUGGGCUCUGUUCCUGCAGUGGUCAGUGAAGAAAAAAGUACCACCACCUAUGAAGUCCCCGAGGCAAAUAUGCAGACAUUCCCUCCAAAUAAUAAUAGGGGAGGAGGUAGCAGCCGUGGUUAUCAAACUCUUGGAAAUCUAUCGGCUACUUUCAGUGAAAAGGUGACAAGAACAGUAAGAAAGUUCUCUCCACAUUUGGCAGCAAAGAUGAGGCCUCCUCACAUGCCUGUCAUUCGUGACCGUCCUUCAUCCAAAAAAUCAGUAUACAUCUGUGGCCAACCUCGUGGGGUGUUUGUCUUCUUAUUCUCAGCUGCCAGUUUUAUUCUGUGGUGCACUUCUGGCACUCUGCUGUUUGUUUUAUGGGCAUUUGGCAUCGGCCUCCUUGUUACAGUUCUUCAUGCAAGUGUCAGGACACCUAAUCUGAAGGCACGCCUCAACACAUUCCGGGAAGAAUUUCGUGCUGUGUGGCGCAAUUAUAGUGAGCUGUGACUGCUCAUGGAGUUGAAGUGUACCACUCCAUCCCUGAUUCGCAACUUCAAUUUCAGUUAAGUUGCAAGUAUUCUUUGUACAUAUAAAUAUUGUCAAUUCAUUCGAUGGAGGAUGUUAGAAAAAAGAAAAAAAUUAUUCUGCUUGAUUUUCUUUUUUCCCCUUCUGUGUUAUGAAGUUCUCAGAUAUUUUUCUUAAAUAACUUUGACCUUCUUCUGUGAUUUACCUGGAGUUCGAAUGUCAAAGAAAGAACUGUCGUUUUAUUAUCCAUUU